GCUCGGGGGGCGGGGCGCUGGGGAGGGAGGCGGAAGUGGUCGGUCGGUCGGCCGGCGGCGAUGGAGAUGGAGGCGGUGACGGACGAGCUGACCUGCUGCAUUUGCUGCGAGCUGUUCCAGGAGCCGGUGAUGCUGGACUGCAUGCACCACUUCUGCAGGCGGUGCAUCGUGCGCUGCUGGCGGGGGCCGCCGCCCGUCUCCUGCCCCCAGUGUCGCCGCCAGUUCAGCGGCAAGAACUUCCGACCCAACCCUCUGGUGGCCGGGGUGGUGGAGAGGGUGAGGGGGGCGGGCAGUGGGGGCUACCGCCUCCGGGUGCAGAAACAGCUGAACGACAUCCUGAAGAGUCACCGGGAGCAGGCGGAUAAGUUUGUGAAGAUGAUGAAACGGGACGAGGAACGGAUCACAGGGAUCAAGAACGAAUCGGCCGAGCUCCAGCGGCGGGUGAGGGGCGACUUUGAGAAGAUGCACCAGGUGCUAUGGCGGGAGGAGAGCGCCCUGGCGGCACGGCUGCAGCAGGACACGGACUCUGCACUGGACAAGCUGGGGGCACACGUGCAGCAGCUGCAGGCAGCACUGAAUGAGCUGGAGCACCUCAUCAGCAGCACCCUUGGGUGCCUGGAGCAGCUGAAGACCACUGUGCUGGUUGAGACGCGGGGUCUGGUCGCCAGUGACGGGGGCAUUCCCCAAAACUCUGCAGUCCGGGUCCCACCUUGUACUGCGUCCAAUCAACCAUCGCCCCUGCGCUCGGGACCCCCACCUGUGGCUCCUGGUUAA